GUGGCAGAUUCAUUGAUCUGGGAGGACAUGGAGUGUGAGCAUGUUAAUUUCAGGAGAGCUGUCUGACUGAAGUCUUCAGAAGUGGCACGCUAAGGGCAAACCAGUAAGGAAAUAGGAUGGAACGCAGGUCUGAAUUCAUAAACACGCAGACAGCUCAAUCUCCUUUGGUCACUGAUGCAGGACACCCACAAAGAGCGUCUGUCAAACAGUCCACAUAACUCUUACCAGUCGCUAAUGCCUUCUGGGUCUGGCUGGGAUGGAUAUCCUCUUCCCCACUGCAGCCCACUGCAGCAGUGCUUUGCUUUCUAUACCAUCCCCGCAGCCCACGAGCUCUCAGCAUCAGCUGUGCCACAUCACUGCUGUGAGCCCACGGCCACGUGUCUCAGCGCAGCGUGGCCCUUGUGGUCAGUGGGCUGUCCCAGGGGCCAGGACCCUGCCCCGUGCCCGUGAGGCUGAAGGAGCAGCCCCCGCAGCCCUGGCUGGUGCAGCCGUGGUGAAGGUGGCUCGGGGACACCGCAGUGAGUGCCUGGGCACAGAGCCAGGAGGAAACCACCGUCUUCCUGCCUGAGCGCUGUGACACGGGGCUGUGGUUUGUGCACCUGCAGCGGUGGGUGGGCUCCAAGUCCCAAUCCUCUGUGAGGAAUAACGGCCCCUGGGUGACACGCUGAGUGCUGGGGACGCGUCUGAGCCCCUCGGCUCAGUCUGCAGGUUCUCGUCUGCUGCCAGGGCAGGAUCUGUCCCAGCUCCAGCUCCUUCUGGGGACCCGACGUGGGGCCCCCCAUGGAAGAAGGGGGGAGCCGGCACUUCCACGAUGGGGCUCCGACCUCGCCCAAGGACCUUUCCCAGCUACUGCUCCUGGUACAGCAGGUCUGCAGCAGGCCUAGGGGCUGUUCCCCUCCCUCACAGACACAGCCCUGGUGCGGUCCCAGCCCUGCGGUUCCUGCAGCGUGGGGCCAGCUGGACAUUCCCAUCUUGGCCUGUUGGGCAUUCCCGGCACGAGAGAUGCUCAGCGCUCCUGCAGAGUGCAAGUGGUGACGUGGUGAUAGAGCCACGUCCUCCUGCAGCCAACGCGGUGAUUCCCGUCCCAGCGGCACGACACCACAGCGGAGCCGUCCCUCAUAUAUGGUCAUGAACAGCUCUGGAGAAGUUCAUUGGAGGGCUGGGCUGCCUCGGAGGGGAGACAGCUUCUGAUAAAGUCUAAAAAGGAGACUGCUGCUGUGAUUGGCUUCUUCUGCAUCUGCGUAAUCAGCUGCAGAGAUAUAGUGCUCUCCUGUUGGCAUUGUCCCCAAAGCCCCCAGGAGCUGCAGCAGGGAGUUGGGCACCGCAGGGCUGUGCCAGCAGGACGGGAGGCUCAGGAUGGGGACAGGAGGACUCCUGUGCCCUCGGGUGCUGUGGCUCCUCCUCUGGGUGCAGCCGUGCAGAGGGGCAGCAGAGGUCAGGCUGGCGGAUGGCAGCGGGCACUGCGAUGGGAGAGUGGAGGUGAAACACCAGGAGCAGUGGGGGACCGUAUGUGAUGACGAAUGGGACAAGGAAGAUGCAGCGGUGGUUUGUAAGCAGCUGAGAUGUGGGUCAGCAAUCAGUGCUACACGGAAUGAAGGAUUUGUGCUAGGAUCUGGUCCCAUUUGGAUGGAUGAGGUCCAGUGUAAAGGCACCGAGUCUGCCCUGUCUGACUGUGAACACAAUGGAAGGGGUGAACAUUACUGCACACACAGUCUGGACGCUGGAGUGACAUGUACAGGAUUUGUCCGUCUGGUCGGAGGGGACAGCCGCUGCUCAGGACGAGUGGAGAUCCAUGACGGGGACGGGUGGAAGUCUGUCUGUGACUCACACUUUGGUCCCAAAGCUGCUGAUGUGGUCUGCAGAGAUCUUCAGUGUGGCACAGCCCUGCCCGCCAGAGCAAGUGCCUUUGGAGAAGGGACCGGUGCCACCUGGGACAGAGAGCUGCAGUGCGUGGGGAACGAAUCCAGCCUCUCCUCCUGCCCCACGGGGACCCCUCGCGACCAGCCCUGCCCCCAGACAAGCAUUGCUGCUGUCACCUGCACACGGUUCAGGCUGGUGAAUGGCAGCACGGCGUGCGAGGGCAGGGUGGAAGUGGAGGUGCGGGGAACAUGGGGCAGCCUUUGUGCCUCCCGCUGGGACCUCUUGGACGCCCACGUUCUCUGUCAUCACCUGGGCUGCGGGUUUGCGGUGUCCAUUCCUGAAGGAGGGCCUUUUGGGAGAGGAACUGGCCCCGUGUGGAAUGACUGGUUCCACUGUGAGGGCACUGAGAGCAGCCCGGCUCAGUGCCCGGUGACCGCCCCUGGGGGGCCCUCUCCGUGCUCCCAUGAGAACGACGCUGCCGUCAUUUGCUCAGGCCCGCCUCACAACGCGUCUCUCAGACUGGUGGGUGGAGGGAGCCGGUGCGACGGGCGCGUGGAGAUCUUCCGGCGCGGGACGUGGGGCAGAGUCCUGGAUGAUCAGUGGGACAUGGAGGACGCCGGCGUGGUGUGCCGGCAGCUGCGCUGCGAGGAGGCAGAGGCAGCCUACGCCGUGCCGAGGGCCGAGCGAGGGACGGGCCCCGUGGGGCUGCGCGGGGUGCGGUGUGCGGGCCACGAGGCCGGCCUGAGCCUCUGCAACGCCUCCCCGCCCGAGGCCACGGGCAUCAUGGAGGACGUGGGGGCCGUGUGCCGGGGGAGCCGCCGGGUCCAGCUGGUGGACGGGGCUGGGCGAUGUGCAGGGAGAGUGGAGAUCUACUACCGGGGGCAGUGGGGCACGGUCUGCGACGAUGCCUGGGACAUGGCCGACGCCGACGUGGUUUGCCGCCAGCUGAGCUGCGGAUGGGCCGUGGAGGCGGCCGGCUCGGCUCGCUUUGGGGAGGGCUCUGGGCACAUCUGGCUGGAUGGCGUGAACUGCUCUGGGGCCGAAUCUGCUCUCUGGAACUGCUCUGCUGAGGCCUGGGGACAGCACGACUGCGGGCACAAGGAGGAUGCGGGAGUUGUCUGCUCAG